AUUUACAGUUACAUGGAUUUGGGUUGGAAUUUUUAAGCUUUUAAAAGUUCUGAAAAUUUUGGCACUAGAUUAUUUUUUACUGUAAAUGACUUUUAACCUACUUACAUAAAAUGUUAGUAAUAUUUUAUCUUUCACAAAAGUCUUCCCGAGUAAAAGUAAAUUAAGUUUUCAUGAAUUCGUGUAACUUACAUUCUCAUGUCCUAUUAAAAUAUUUAGAUGUUCUGCAAAAGGCUUCUCAUUUUUGAACUUGAACAAGUUUAAGUUUAGGGUGAAUUUUUUUUUCUAUUUUAAUUUUUUAGAAAAAGAAAUUCGUUCAUAAAAUAUCUACAAUCAAAAGUGUAUUAACUAUGUAGUGCACCACAGUUAUACAAUUUGUCUAUGUUUCAGUCUGGGUUAUUUGUCGAUGCAUCUGUUCUAUACAAACUAGAAUUGAUAAGGCUAUUCCAAGUUCCGUGUAUCCUUCUACCUUCAAUGGAAACGAAAAAUUUUAGAAAACCAACGGUUUCUCCCCAGAUUCAACAUGCGGGGUAUCCAAAGGCUGCUUCAAAUCGUACGAGUGUGGAUCCGGAGAUUGUACGUACCUGGUCACGUGGUACAGGAGUGGAGAUCAGAUGAAAUUUGAGUUCACCUCUACGAUUACGGGAUCCAGUAAAUAUUUGUGCCUUGGAUUUUCCGAUGACGAUGAUAUGGGUGACGACAGCACAAUUGCAUGUAAAUAUGUAUCCGGAGGUGUCUCCGUGGAAGGGGGUUAUAAUGUGGAGGAAACCUACACAAUCUUGUCUACUCCUUUGGAGAAGAUAUCUAAUGUUGUAACCUCAGCGACCGGGUCAACCUUCACUUGUACAUUUGAUAGGCAAAUCAAUUCAACUAAUACAAAAAUCUUUGACCUCAACACACAUUGGUACCUUUUCCUCGCGGAAGGAUUCAUAACUGACGGAGUAUUACAGGAGCAUUAUGCCAGAAAGCCUCCCAAAAGUGAAGAUGUUGUUGACAUGUUUGCCUUCGAGGUCAUCAUUGGAGAUCCACUGAAUGAGAAAACUGCCAAAUUACACGGGGUACUGAUGGUUCUGACGUGGAUGAUCUUCUCCAGUGUCGGAUUAGUCAUUGCUCGGUACUUCAAAUCAGAAUGGAGCGAUAAGACAAUCCUGGGACAAAAAAUCUGGUUUCAGGUUCAUCGUGCUUGUAUGGUAUUGGUGUUAUUACUAACAGUGAUCUCUUUCUUCAUCAUUAUACUUUCGGCGGAAGGAUAUAGAGAUAAUUUGGAAUCUUCUGACAAAAAACAUUUGAAUUCUCAUCCUAUCCUGGGAAUCGUGAUUUUGAUUUUGACCUGUAUCAAUCCAAUCAUGUCUUUCUUCCGCUGUUCUCCGGACGACAAUCGCCGUAAAUACUUCAACUGGGCACAUUUCAUUGUAGGCGUAUCCGCUCAUAUUUUAGCAGUGAUAAACAUAAUAUUUGGUCUACAACUGACAAAAUCCGGAGUGAAAAUUGGAGCGGUUUACGUGAUGUAUGUGUAUAUAGCUGUCUACGUUCUCUUCGAGGUUUUCUUUGAAAUCCUGAAAAUGAGUGAACGAAGUCAAGUUCAAGAUAAUAAAUACGACAUGAACAUGAAAAGGUUGGAAGACACCAACUCACAAGACAACCCGGAUAGGAAUCAAAAGUUUACUCGAAUGAGGCGUAUUCUACUAAUUGCUCAUUUGAUUUCCCUCGGAAUCCUAUCUUUGACGGUUAUAGUGUACAUACUACUGGACAUAGGAAAGUGAGGAGGACAUCAAAAGAUACUUGAUGGUGUACCAAGAUUGUGCAGGGAGACUAGGGUAAUAGAGAGUCUUCGGAAGACAUACACAAGUCUAGAAAAUAGUUCAUCAAUCUAUAUAGGAACAUAUUUUUAUGCGGAGCAUUGGAAAAUGUCCGCGUGCAUUAUCUGUGAUAGAAUUAGAUGAUCAGACUUCCGUUUAUAAUCCCUGAAGCCACCUUGUGGACAACUGAAAUCAUGUGUUGGUAAUUUUGAAUUCUAAGUGAUCACAAUUUACUCCUAAUAGAAACGAUAUAAGACUCAACCAAACCUAAAUGUUCGCUGAUCACAUUAUAAACAAUGCAUUGAAUUGAAUUGAAACAUUGAAUUCUAAGUGAUCACAAUUUAUUCUAAGGGAAACGAUAUAGGACUCAACCAAACCUAACUGUUCGCUGAUCACAUAAUAAACAAUGCAUAAUAUGUCCGAGUGGUAAUUUGUAGCGUGAUACCUCAACAAGCUAUGCAUGAUGGGAUUAUGUUAAAUCUUUACUUUUGUACCAAUGUUAAGAUAUCUCCAUCCUCAUGUGACUCGUCAAUAUCAAUGGUUCAAAGUAAACACAUUAUGUGAAUUUCCACUAAAAAUAAUUUGAUUUAAUCGAUAACCAUAGACAACUGUGUCUUGUUAUUGUCUUGAAGGUGUCAGGCAUACAUAAACAGAAAAAUAUAUCUCAAAAUCAGGAAAUUGAACAUUUUCAUAAAACAGCUUAAUAAAAGUACAGAGAAACUGGUUAAGAUGACAAAAUUUAAUGUCAACUAUUUGAGAAAAAAACUGCUACUUUUUAAAUAUACAAAUUAAUUGUUGGUAUCAGAUUGAUACUGACAUACAAUAGAGAACAUUCCAGCAUUCUGUAUGCUCUGUUUUGUGGUGGGUAAUAUAUUUUGAUUUAUAUUUGCAAUAUUCACCCAAAUAAAAAUCGCUAAAUGUUAGUACAUCAAUAUACAUAUACAUCGAAUAUAUAAGACUGAAAACGAGUUCAUUAAAACUUUAUCCACCAAAAUGAAUAGUAAACCUUGUAGAUCCAAAUACGACAAAUUUUGUUCCGCCAAAUAACCGGCUAUAAAUAGGACUUAUUGUCAGUAUGUUUAAGCAUGGAUAAUCGAUUAUUCAUAAAAAUGUAGUUUUUCAGUAACAUAUAGUUUACCAAACUUUUAAUUAUAUCUAUUAGAUAAAUUUACUCAAAAAUGUAUUUCAAUCAUGCAUAAGUUUAAUUAAAAAGUGAUUUUGCAAAAUCCAUUGACGACACAUCAGAAUGAAGAUGUCUUAAUUAAAGUUUUACGAUAUAUACAUAGAUCUGCAAUACAUGUACUUAUGUCGCUGUUGUUUUUUGUUUUUUUUACGUGUUUAAUGUUUUACAACAGAUACGCAUAAUGAUGUCAAUUUGAUUUUUUGAAUACAAAAUACAAAACAAUUACCAAAAACGUA